AUGCCUGCAGCAAACCAUGCCAGCCAUCACCAGCACCGUCACAAGCCUGGGCCAAAUCCUACCAUCGCUCAAGUUGCCAGCUUCAUAAAAGCCCUCUUCCCCGUCCGCAAUGGCGACGUAGCUUUUGCCUAUCACAGCCCAAGGAUACGCCGCGGUUCGUCCAAGAACUUUACCUUUCUCGACCCGCUGCACAACCGCGCCCCAGCAUCGCGCGUCGUCCUAUCAAUCACCCCGACUCGAGGAUUCUACCAUGCCCUCGACGACGACCAUCACCACCACUUUACUGAAGAUGGGAACGCAGCGAAUGCGCACGAGGCCAAGGGAAAACCCGGCUUGCAGACGCCGCUCGCGUUCCUCCAUCGCCCAUGGGCCCUAGACCGUCGGCGCAUGCCCCGACGCGCGACGGUGCUGGCGAACCACAAGGGCUUCGAUGAGGUGCUGACCGUCGGGAACAAUGUGGCCCUGGGCAAGCGGCUGGGGAUGGACGUGGACAACUCCGUUGAGUUUGGCGCGUUUGAGGGUAUAAACACACCGAUCCGGGUGAUCACCAUCAUGAACGCCUUCCAUCCGGCCGAAGUUGAGCAAGUUGAGACUAUUGCGGGAGAAUUGAUAUCCUCGUCAUUGAACUCUAUUUGUUCACAGGUACUCUAUCUGACUGGGGCUGUCCGCGAGCUUGGACUCCAGGCUGCUCGACAGCGUGGAAUGGCCGUUGUUUGCGUCGGUCAUCGGACGUGUGAGAAGUGGGGGAUUCGUCACCUGGCGCGGCUCCUGCGAGAACAGUGGCCUGAGCUGAAAGUGGAUGAAGUACUGGAGGAUGAAAACGACGUGCCCAGCGCCACAGGAGAGGCGGCGGAGGCUAAUGACACCGACGGGAGAAUCUGAUUCUAUGCCCAGCUCCCCGGAGAACAACUGGCGGUCAUGUUAUCGUCAUCCAUAGUCACGAAUAUUG